AUGCCAUUUGGGCUAAAGAAUGCUCCUGCAACCUUCCAACGGCUUAUGAAUACUGCGCUAGCAGGAUUACAAUUUACAGGCGAAAACGGGGUUAGUUCUAACCCUGAAAAGGUUAAAGCCGUUUCCAAAUUCCCAGUACCAAAGUGUCCUAAAGAUGUGAAGUCAUUUCUAGGACUUGUGUCAUAUUAUCGCCGAUUCAUUCCAGACUUCUCAAAAACUGCUAAACCGUUAACCACUCUGCUUAAAAAAGAUGUUUUGUUCAAUUGGUCAAUAGAACAACAAGCAGCCUUUGAUGAUUUAAAAAAUAAAUUAAUUUCCGCUCCUAUCCUCAUUUACCCAGAUUUCACGAAUCCUUUUGUGCUAACAUGUGACGCGUCCAAUUAUGCUAUAUCUGCGAUACUAUCCCAGGGCGAGAUAGGUAACGAUCAACCCAUUGCCUUUUCUUCAAGAACACUGAACAAAGCAGAAACUCGACAACAGAAAAGGAAUGUCUCGCUAUCGUGUUUGGAACAAAGACUUUUAGACCAUAUCUCUACGGACACAAAUUUACCAUCGUCACUGACCAUAGGCCCCUAA